AUGAACGGGGGCCCUCACCUGGGGCUGCGCCUCUUCCAGAAGUUCUCCACCUUCCGCAUCCUGGUGUGCGGCGGCGACGGCAGCGUGGGCUGGGUGCUGUCCGAGAUCGACGCCCUGGGGCUGCACAAGCAAUGCCAGCUGGGCGUCCUGCCGCUGGGCACCGGCAACGACCUGGCACGGGUGCUGGGCUGGGGCAGCCUCUGCGACGACGACACCCAGCUGCUGCAGAUCCUGGAGAAGCUGGAGAGGGCCACCACCAAGAUGCUGGACCGGUGGAGCGUGAUGACCUACGAAGCCCCCAAGCAGUCCCCACCGGCCCUGAAGGAGGAGGAGGACGGGGACUCCAACAUCCAGGCCCAGAUCUCCCACUACGCCGACUCGGUCGCCCUCCACCUGGCCAAGAUCCUGGAGUCGGACAAGCACUCGGUGGUGAUCUCGUCCGCCAAGUUCCUCUGCGGCACCGUCAAUGACUUCGUGGCUGAGGUCGGCCGGGCGUACAAGAGAGCGACCGAGAACAAGCAGGAGGCCGAGCUGAUGGCGAGGAAGUGCGCCAUGCUGAACGAGAAGCUGGACUCGCUGGUGCGGGAGCUGACCGAGGAGGCUCAGGCCGUCGUGGUCCCCGAGGGGACGCCGCAGGCCGCCCCGGCCGACGCCAAGGAGCUGGAGAAAAGCGGCUUCAACCCCAGCCCCGUGCCCCGCAUCUUCAAAUCCAAGGAGCAGCUGAUGCUGCGGGCCAACAGCCUGAAGAAAGCCCUGCGGCAGAUCAUCGAGCAGGCGGAGAAAGCUGUGGACGAGCAGAACAAGCAGACCCAAGCCUACCGUGCCAGCGCAGUCCCCAGCAAGAAGGACAGCUCGGAGGAGCUCAACAAGGAGGAGGAGAGGCUCUGCUCCCGGCGGGAGACGGUGACCUCCGCCACGUCGUCCAUCCUCCUGGAGCGGCCGGACGCCUUCGGCAGCCUGCAGUUCCCCGAGGACCCCGGCGCGCUCUCGGACGGGUUCUGUGCCGCGCGUGGCGGUGCCAGCCCUGCUGUGCCCGCUGCCUCCAGCCACUUCUCGGAGAAAUGCGUCAUGAACAACUACUUCGGCAUCGGCCUGGAUGCCAAGAUCUCGCUGGAGUUCAACAACAAGCGGGACGAGCACCCCAAGAAGUGCAGCAGCCGCACCAAGAACAUGAUGUGGUACGGGGUGCUGGGCACCAAGGAGCUGCUGCAGCGCACCUACAAGAACCUGGAGCAGCGGGUGCAGCUGGAGUGCGACGGGGUGCCCAUCUCGCUGCCCAGCCUGCAGGGCAUCGCUGUCCUCAACAUCCCCAGCUACGCCGGGGGCAUCAAUUUUUGGGGAGGCACCAAGGAGGACAACAACUUCGGAGCGCCGUCCUUCGACGACAAGAAGCUGGAGGUGGUGGCCGUCUUCGGCAGCAUCCAGAUGGCCGUGUCGCGGGUCAUCAACCUGCAGCACCACCGCAUCGCCCAGUGCCGCGUGGUGAAGAUCACCAUCCGCGGGGACGAGGGCGUCCCCGUGCAGGUGGAUGGAGAAGCCUGGAUCCAGCCGCCCGGCGUCAUCAAGAUCCAGCACAAGAACCGAGCCCAGAUGCUCACCAGGGACCGGGCGUUUGAAAGCACCCUCAAGUCCUGGGAGGACAAGCAGAAGGGGGAGAGCUACCGUGCGGCCGCGCGGCCGCGGCUCAGCUCGCAGCAGUCCAUGGAGUACCUGACGGAGGAGGAGAGCAGCCUCCUGCAGCAGCUCUCGCGGGCGGCCGAGAGCCUCAUCGCCAGGAUCCACGAGGCGGCCAAGGCUCACAAAGCCGUGGAGCAGGAGCUGGCCCACGCCGUCAACACCAGCGCCCUGGCGCUGAGCGAGGCGCUCUCCAACAAAGCCGCCAGCACCGCCGAGUUUCUCAGCAGGAACGCGGCCGUGGAGGUGGUGCUGAGCAUCAAGGCGCUCUACGCCGAGACCAGGGCGUUCCUGGAAGGGAAGGCGCUGGACUCGCCCCAGGAGGAGGAGGCGCUGCAGGGCCCCCUGAGCGCGCUGGGCCAGGAGCUGCAGCGGCUGCUGGACAUCCACUGGCUGGUGCCCAUCGCCCACCCCGCGGAGGAGGAGAGCGGUGGCAGCGCCAACAAGGGCAGCUUCAAGCUUCGCCUCAACAUCCCCAAGCCCAGGAAGGACAAGGCGCAGAAGCAGAAGGCCAACAGCGCGCUGCCAGCGGACAAGUGGGGCGCUGAGGAGGUGGCUGCUUGGCUGGAAGCGCUGGGUUUAGGGGAGUACAGAGACAUUUUCGUGCGGCACGACAUCCAGGGCUCGGAGUUGAUCCUGCUGGAGAGGAGAGACCUGAAGGACCUGGGCAUCACCAAAGUCGGCCACAUGAAGAGAAUCCUCCAGGCCAUCAAGGAGCUCAGCAACCCGCCCUAG